AUGACAAGCCUGUCUGACAUUGUGUUUCCCUCUGCGUCGGAGCAGCCCAAUUUGUCACAUCUCCUCACCGAACUCAAGCGCGGUGACCUCUCCAUCUCCAAUCGUCUGCGGUCCAUCAUCCACGAUGCCGAAUUUGUGCGCGAGGUAGCGGCGGUUUUCGGCUCGGUCGAGGAAAAUCCUACUGGAGCCACAGAAACGACAACACCGUCACGGCCCCUUGUCGCCAACGAGCGCUGCGGAAGCUGGUACAUCCCGCCCAGCACCAAGUCGGCGAGCGCAUACUUUAAAAGCACAGACGGCCACGACAAUGCCUGGAAAUUCAGCACGAGGAGGCUGAACCCUCAUCUUCUCGAAAUAAUCGGCCGUUGCGACGGAGCCCUAGGAAUCCCCGACGCCCUCUCAAAAGACAAUCCCAAUCUGGUGCGCCGUACUCAACCGCGCCCUCUUCCCCACCCCUCCCAGAAGAAGCCCACGCCCUGCACACGCCACCCCAAAGUAGUCUCGCCCUCCGGAGCACGCCCAGAUCACCGCCCUCCUCCCCGUCCUUCCUCGCCGCAUUCCUGGCUCUCGACCUCGACCUGGCCCCCGCUGCGCGCGCAGCUCCCGAAACCCCUGCGGCCCCUCUGGAUCACGCCUGACACGCCGCUCCUCCUCCCCCAGACGAUCACGACGGCGGCGGGCCCGCGCAGCACCGUCUUCGAGGACGCCCACCCCGUUGUCUGCUGCACGGCCUCGCGCCGGGUCGCGGGCGGCGAGCUCAGGGAGGGCGGGUACGUGUACGUCCAGGGCGCGGGCGACGACACGGAGAACUGGGCCUGCGGGCUUACGGCCGAGCUGUUCUGGGCCCAUGUAGACCAAUUGCUCGGCACGCCCGAGGGCGAGCUGCCUGCGCUCGUGCGAGGCUUGGUUGACACGUGCGAGCCGAGCCGGAGCGCUGGAGCCAAGAAGGUCGCGCCUUCAGUGGCGGUUUCGGCUCUUGCGGGGGUGGACGACGGGAAGGUUCGGAGGUGUACCGUCAAGUUGACACCGGCGGUCACGGAGAAGGAAACGUGGAUCGUCAAGGCGCCGACGGAGAUGGAGGUUGGGCUGGGGAAGCACAAGGUUGCGAGCCGGAACCUGAGGACGGCGUUGCCUGAUAUUUGCGGCUUUGUCACGCGGUUUCUCGAGUCACAAAAGAAAGAGGAUGGCUCCCUCGCCGAGGGUACGACCGUCUUGGUGGCGUGCGAGACCGGCAAGGACUUAUCUGUGGCUGUGGCCCUCGCCAUCUGCCUCUGGUGCUUUGACCAACAAGACAACUACCGAGCACCCGACACCAAGACCAUUUUCAACAAGGACAUGGUUCGGAAUCGGCUAGGAAGCAUCAUGACGGUAUAUCCCGAGGCCAACCCGGGCCGAGCAUCACUGCAGAGUGUUAACAGUUUUUUGAUGGACUAUAGGAGAUGA